UGCAUUUUGGGGCCUGUAGUUUCCAGGACACUGUGUUUUAUCACUUCCGGGCAUCAUAUGUAAACAUUAUCAAGAAGCUGUUGUGUUCACACUGUUCAGGAUUUGUCUUCACUCUAAGGAUGUCAGAGCUCCAAAUUUGUGUUCAGUUGGCAGACCAGCCCCUUUCCCCAAAAUCCAUUGUGCGCCUCCCUGCUCCCACUUGCAGUUCUGGAAGUGGUGAUAAUGGUCACCGUGUGUCAGUUGUCAAACGGCACUUAACAGCCACAUUACCUGAAUCACUACCAGAUCCAGAUUUAAUCGAUCUGGUACAUUGUGGUCGUCGCCUUAGAGAUGACCAGACUCUGGAAUUCUACGGUGUUCAGUCAGGAAGCACCAUUCAUGUUCUACGUAGGGCAUGGCCAGAACCUGCACCUAGACCUGAACCAGUAGAUAAAGUUGCUGCUGCCAGGGAAUUCCGUGUUCUCCAUUCAGCUCUGCACUCUAGCUCCACGUACAGAGAUGCGGUGUUUAAGUUGCUUGAAAAUCGUGAAUCAUUGGAGCAAAUAAUUGUAGCCACUCCAGGUCUCAGCUCUGAUCCUGUGGCCAUGGGAGUGCUGCAGGAUAAGUAUCUUUUCACAGUCUUCACUGAUCCAAGCAUGUUAGACACGCUUCUGCCAUCUCACCCUGCUCUGGUAAAUGCCAUAAUAUUGAUCUUGCACUCAGUGAGUGGCAGUUCAUCUUUGCCUCCGCCGGAUACAGCCGCUCACUCCGGACCACCUGCAACUCUGCAUAUGCCAGGUGGGUUUCUGUUUGAUGGACUCUCAGAUGAAGAGGAUGAAUUUCCACAGGCUUCCCGCUCUGGUCCCUCCAGUAGCACCUCUGGUUCCCGCCCAGCCUCCCUUGGGUACACAGGUGCAGCAGGUCCCCGGCCCAUCACCCAAAGUGAACUGGCUACAGCUCUUGCACUUGCAAGCACUCCUGAGAGCAGCUCCCACACCCCUACCCCUGGGACUCAGGGUCACUCUUCAGGGACCUCCCCCAUGUCAUCAAGUGUCCAGUCAGGGACACCCAUUACAAAUGACCUGUUUAGCCAGGCGCUCCAACAUGCACUCCAGGCAUCCAACCAGACACCACUUCAGAGUCAGUGGCAGCCACAGCUCCAACAGUUACGCGACAUGGGCAUUCGUGAUGAGGACCUAAGCCUCAGGGCUCUGCAGGCCACAGGAGGAGACAUACAAGCUGCACUGGAGCUCAUAUUUGCAGGGGGUGCACUUUAAAACCAUAUCUAAAGCUACUAUUCCAAUGCAUUUUGUGACCUUUAUCAAGUGUAUAUAAAAAAAGUGAAAUCUCUUCAAUAUAACAGAGACUUGCUACUAUUCUGUUUGCAUCCCGGAUAUGACUUGAUUUGGUUACUUAAUGGAAAUGUGAUUUUUUUUUUUCCGCUUUCCUUAAACACUAUUUAUUUUACCCUGCUGCUGUUCUAAAUAAAAGUAUUUUGCAUCUA